AUGCAAGUGGCGGGCGAGAAAACCCAAGUCCUGGUCCUCUCGCAGUCCCCCAGAGACGCGGCCGACUGCUCCAUUCGUGUGGCAGGGGAAGCUGUGUCCGCCGGGGACAGCCUGAAGCUGUUGGGAGUGACCCUGGAGCGCACACUCCACUUCGGCGCCCACUGCAAGGAGCUGCGAAGAAAGACGCGCCCACGCAUCGCCCAACUCCGAAAACUCACCGGCCGAAACUGGGGACUGGAGGAGGAGCAGCUCCGGGCGGUGGCGAGCGGCUACGUGCGAGGUCCGCUCGAACACGCCGCCGCCGCCUGGCUACCUGCCACGCCUCCCUCCCACGUGGAGGUACUCGAGAGAGAGGUACGAGCCAUCUCUAGAGUGGUCACCGGCUGUCCCGUCUCAACGAGAAAACACGCAGUCACGGCGGAGGCCGGCCAGGUGCCGGUCGAGGUGCGCCGCCACGCUCUCGCGGCGUGCUUCCUGGCCAAGGCGAGGUCACUCCCCGACUCCGACCCGCUCCGAGCCGUCGCCGACGCGGUCGUUGCCCGGCGUCUCUCGUCGGUCACCGGCUGGCGCGACGUCGGCCAGGCCGUGUGGGCGGCCGCCGGAGUCACGGCUCCGAUCGAGCCGGCGCUGACGCGCCGCCCCCCACCCUGGGCCGAGACAGGUGAUAUCACCUUCUGUCUAGACAUCGGCCCCGGCCUUCCGGUGGGUGCGGGCGCGGAGCUGAAGAAGUCAACGGCGGAGACAUUCCUGGGGGGCCUGCCCCAGUGCGCCACCUGGGUCUGGACUGACGGCUCCGUCGUGGGUGGCACCAGCAGUGGAGGCGCUGGAGCCCUGAUCGUGUAUCCCGACGACGAGACGGUGGAGCUACGGGAAGCAGCUGGCAGCCUAUGUUCCAGCUUCCGGGCUGAGCUGGUGGCGCUCAGAGCAGCUCUAAGGCACCUACACGAACAUCCAGUACACACCGGCGACCCUAUCGUGCUCUGCACCGAUUCUCAGGCGGCACUCGCGAAGCUCCGCGGGGGUCCAUCAGAGCAGGAGUCGCCGAUGGGAGCCGAGAUCUGGAGGCUGCUGACAGAUCUUGCCUCCGGGGGGAGACCGCUCCGCCUGCAGUGGGUCCCGUCGCACUGCGGCAUUCCCGGCAAUGAGCGUGCUGACGCCCUGGCCGGAGAGGCGUCGGCACUCCCCCAGGAGGAGGCACCAGUCGAUGUGCGGACCGUCCACCGUGCGGCGGCGAGGGCGGCCAGCUCGCGGGCCCUAGCUCAGUGGCCUGUGGGCUGGUACCGCUCGCUGAUGGCCGGCCACCUCCCACCGCCGGUGCGAGACUACCCGAGAGAGGUCGCCAUCGACAUCCACCAGGUGCGAGCGGGCCACUGGUCCGGUUCGGCGGCAUACCUGCACCGCAUCGGCCGUGGCCCGUCGCCCCAGUGCGAGCAGUGCAUGGACCCGCGCUGCCGGGCGAGCUGGUGCCUGGCCUGCGGCGAGGCGCCGGAUACGUCUGAGCACCUGCUGCUCCACUGCCCUGCUUUGAUGGUGCGGCGUUUCCGGCUCCUGGGUACGCUGCACCCCGCUAUCGAGGAGACCAGACGGGAAGACGUGGUGGCGGCCCUGGUGGGGGCCGCCAGAUCCCUCCAGAGCCCAAGAGCUACGGUCCGCCCGGCGGACCGGGGGGACUGA